GCAUUAGGUUGGGCAUUAGCCACAUACUUCCAUGAUUAGAAUGAACACUGUGGUUAGCUCGGAGCUAAAGCUAAAAACAGUCAAAUGUCUACAGUCCACACACAGAGAGCUUUGGUGAAACAGGAGAACCGGAGGAAACAGGCGCUCAGGGACUCGGCUCUGAGCCCGGGAGCCGUGCGCAUCAGAGCGGGUGUCCAGAUGCCCUCCCUGAGUCCCAGUCUGAAAAAAGAAAUCCCAGAGACUCCACAGAUUAAAGAGGAGCCAAAGGAGUCAGAGGAGUCAGAGGAGCCAGAGGAGCCAGAGGAGCAGAGCGUCAAACAGGAGGAAGAGCCAUUGCCAGUGUCUGUUGUGUGUGUGAAAACAGAAGAGCCCUCACAGGGAGAGGACAUCAGCUCAGACACACAUGUCCACUCAGAGACUGAAGGACACACGGCGCAUUCUUCUGACACUGAUGAUGAUGAAGACUGGAGAGCUCCAUUCAGCUGUUCAGCUGCACAGAUGGACACAGAGGCUGACGAUAAACGAACUGGAAGGAAGAAACAGCAGUGCUCGUUUUGUGGGAAGAGAUUUGGGACCAGACACCGUUUACAAAGACACAUUAGAGUUCACACAGGAGAGAAACCUUACAGCUGUUCAGUCUGUGAGAAAGCAUUUACCCAAAACAGUCAUCUUGAACUACACAUGAGAAUUCAUACAGGAGAAAAACCUUUCAGCUGUUCAGUCUGUAAGAAAGCGUUUACUGAUCCUUCUGGUCUCAAAUAUCAUCAGACAACACACACAGAUGAGAAACCUUACAGCUGUUACCACUGUAAAAAUACAUAUACGAGUAAACAGGGUUUACAGUUACACAUUAGGAUUCACACAGGAGAGAAACCAUUCAGCUGUUCAGUCUGUGAGAAAACCUUUGCUCGAAAGAGUGUGAUGGAUAACCAUAGAAGAACACACACUCGUGAUAAAACAUACAGCUGUUCCUUCUGCAGUAAAAAGUUUACAGUGAAUUCUUAUCUACAAAAACAUAUCAGAGGACAACAUCACAAGACAUAAUAAUAAUGAAUGAGUGGGUUGCAGAUGUUUUAAAGGAACAGUGUGUAAGAGUUUGAUUUUAAACUUCAUAAACUUCCCUAUAUGACCGGAGCAGGAGCUGUGUUCACAUUGCCGGCAGUAAGUCAGACCUGUUCCCGGUGCAUGUUGGACUCAGGGCUGCCCUUUGUAACUGGUUCUGUUCAAUGUUUUUAUGAACAGAAUUUGUUCCAGAUGCCUCCUGGACACCUCCUGGAGAGACUAUGGCUGGCCAGGAAACACCUCGGGAUCCUCCUGGAAGAGCCGGAGGAGGUGCGUGUGGAGGGGGAGGUCUGGGCCUCCCUGCUCAAACUGCUGCCUUGGCGACCAGGCCCCAAAUAAAGUGGAAGAAAAUGGAUGGAUGGACAAAGCUCUUCCCUCUGCUUGUUUUUUCACAAAUUGAAUAGUCUGUAUUUCUGAUUAAAUAGGCAGAAGUACGUUUCUUCAGUUUCGUUUUGUUUGUUUUGUUUGGGCGCUUUUUCAUGGACAAUGUUCCUUUCCCUGGAGAAUGACCUGUGUGUGGCUGACCGGGGGAGACGUUUAAAUACUGGUUGUACAAAUUAAUCCAUGUAAAUUCUAUUUAUUAACUUUAACUCAUUCAGACCAAGUUUAACCUUAGAUUCUUGUUAGAAAAAAUGAAAACUUUGGAGAAGAUGAGAAAGUCAUACAGCUGCUAACACCACACAUCACACUGUGUCUAUGUUUAGAUCCUGUCUCAUCUUUUAAAGACAUACAUAACAAUACCAUGUAGCGCUCAAGGUAAAGUAAAGGGGUUAUUUGUUUACAGAUUAGGACAGAUUAACGUGAUUAAUGCAUCAGAAGCACUGUGUGCUAGUGGUUAGCCACUAGCUCCAAUGAAUCGAAAAAAGUUUUAAACACAGAAAACUCCUUUGUAGAAAUAUCCCAUGAUUUUCCCUCAGUGAAUAACCACAGAAUAGUUUCUGUCCACUACAUGAUCUUGAUUUGUUUGUAAAAAGGCAGAACUCUCCAUAAGCAGCGGAAGUAUAGAUUCACAGCAUUGAGGGAAAACUGACGUCAUUGUGAAAAAGGCCUGUUUGUUGAAUGUUUUCCAUUUCACACUGUAGGUCGACUUCUCUGUCCAAUAAAGCCCAUGGGCUGAAAAAAGAAAUCAUACAAAAGCUAAAACAAGUCAUGUUUACAUCAGCACAGACCUGUGUGUGGCUCAUGGGGGAGAGGCCAUGAAUGACGUGGUCGUGGGAGAUGUGAGUUUCGGGGGAGCCCUGUAGAGAAACACAGCGGAGCCAGGAGAGUCUUAUCAGGCAUCAGCAUGUGCAGAGGUCCUCCCUGCACAGACCGGAGCACACUCACACAGAAAACUAUGGACACAGAGAACCAGCCCGAAGGCGACAGCUGUGAGGUUGGAGCGGCUGGGUGGUCGAUGGGGGCAGAAGGCGGGUUGGAGGUCACGACCGAUCGCCUGGACGAGCUCAUGAGGAGCAUGGAGGUGCUCCUGUCUGAUGUGGAGCAGCUGAGGGCCCACUGCAGCCACCAGGCCUCAGAGCUGAUGGACGCCGCAGAGGAGCUGCGCCGGCAGCAGGGGGAGCUCAAAGACAGCUACACCGAGCUGGCCCGUGAGAUGGAGAAGGUGAUGGAGAGCGUGGACGACCUGUUUAGCACCAAGAUCGGAUUCGAGAGCAAGACACAGAAACAGUUUGAGAGCUCUGAGAAAGAAUAGAAUAAAAGACUGCCAUUGUGGACAGUAAUGGGGGAAUCAGGAUGGGCCUAUAUCAAUCAAAUUUAAAGACAUUACACAAAGUGGACUCUUGUGAGCUUUAAGCCAUGUCACCUCCUCAAAAACACACCUGGAGUCACGGGCGCCAAUUUACAUUUUUUUGUUCACACACGCUUUAACUGACCAGCACGUCCAUGUACUUUUACUGUUUAAUGCUAGAGUUUGUCACUGCGUUGUCUGUUCACACUUCCUCACAUCCUCGUCUCACUUUCUGUGGUGUCCUCACUCUUCAGUUUUGGCUUGUGUGGCUAUAGGCUCUUAUGUUAAUCUUUGUUUCUGAUCCCUGGUGUGUACGGCCGAGGAGGUCACCAUUAUCACGUGAGGGGAAACACAGCUGCCCCAGUCCUGAGAUUAGACCUGCAGCGACUGAAAUGUCUGAGAGACGGAGGAGUGAGAGAUAUUACAUUAUAUUGUAAACAUGCACUUGCAAAAGUCGAGUAAAUUCACAUGGAUGAUCUGGCCCCUCAACAUCCACAGGAUCAGAACCUACGCCUGGAGUUUAGCUUCAUUCACACAUGUUUGAGUAACACUUUAUUAUUAGUCUGUCUACAUCUCCAAAGCUCCAAAUGCUCUCUUCCACCUUGUGAUGUCAUGUAGUGAUAGUUUUCAAGUUAGUUAUCUUUUUGCUUUUGUUCAAUAGAGAUUGGAAAUUCCAGGGCCAAGAUCAUUCAAAUUCUCCAAUUCUGUUUGUGAGGAGAACAUGGCCUAGACGCAGGAUUAUUGUGUAUAACAUGUGUGAAUGGAACAAAACACAACUCCAGGUCUGUUUUUGAUGAGGAAACAAGAUUAUAAUAGACAUCAGAAAAUAGUGUAAUAUAGGCCCUUUAAACUAGCUUUUUUGAGCUUUUAGACAUGUAACAAUUUUGUCCCUGCAUCAAAUACUUUUCUGGAAUUGUAUUUUGCUUCUUGUUUCAUUAAUCACUUAAUUCAAAGUCAUCUUCUCUGAACACUUAAACAUGUUCUGUCUGCACUGUUGUGUCACAGGUAAAACUUGUGCUUCUGACUUCUUCUGACAGCAGAGGGCGCUCCAUAUGCCUAAAUGCCUCAUUGGAAACAAAAGUGAAGUUUAAAAAGUGUAUUUUCCAAAUGUAGAUAUAAUUUUAAGUUAGAAAAUGUGACAUACUUGUCCCUAAGUGACCAUACAUCUGUACCUAAUUUGUUCUGAUCACUUCAGUGCUCAGAUUGUCUGCUGCAGUCAGCUUUGCCACUGUUUCCUUUGUCACUGUGUCUGAGAUGCAGUGCCUUUUGUCUAUCAUUUUCAUGUUGAAUAAAGGAAAAGGUCAUGUGUACAGAGUAGUUUAACAUAAUACAAUAAUCAAUGUAGUUUAAUGUAGGACCUUUCAUGGAUUUAAAUGGAUUUUGUGCAAUGCUCCUGUUUAAAGCUAUAGUUUAUAAAGCUAUAGUUUAUAAAGCUAUAGUUUAAAGCUAUAUUCUGCUGUUUAUAUAUAGAAGUCUGACAAAAGUCAUCUGUUUUGUUCUUGCAUUCGCUGUGAUUGUAUUGGGACAAUAUAAGUCUGGAUAAAGCACUUUAUGAAUCU